AUACCGUACCGACACCUGUUCAAUCGAAAUCAUACAUGAGUUGAGAUGCAGAGCCUAUACAAUGCAUGUACCUCACAUUCACAAUAUCAAGAAAAUUGAAGUUCAAAAUUACCGAGGGAUGCUAGUAAAAGCAGUAGUCUAAUCAGCCUUCGAGCGAAAAGGGUUAAUUUGUACGAUUCAAUGUUUUGAUUCCGGACACCCGUCGAAUCUCGCUAGCGAGCGCUUGUUGUUUUCCGUUCCGGGAUAGAGAUUGCGUAAUCAUAUCAGCCGGUGUCAAUCAAAAUGUUGAGAAACGUGAGACGGUUACUAACUCAUUUCUCAAGCUUUUCACAAAGCGAUAAGAUUGUGAACAAGCCAAACUUACUGCCGGUAACUGUUUCUAGUAGAAUGGCUGCUUCAUCAACAACAACAGAUGAUCAAUCUGAGAAUGAUUUAAGGAGUGUUCUCGUCAGCACCGUUCUCGAUUUGGAGACUUUGGACCCAUAUCUGUUCAGAGCCAAAAACAUGUGGCAUGCUUAUGGACCAGGGAAGAGACUGUUUGGUGGUCAGAUCAUUGGACAAGCAAUGGUAGCUGCUGGGAGGACAGUGAACCCUGAACUAUCUAUUCAUUCGCUUCAUUCUUAUUUUGUCAAAGCAGGAGAUUCAACCUUACCCGUUCUUUAUCGGGUGGAGAACCAGCGUGAUGGACACAGCUUCUGCACACGCUCGGUAGAAGCCAUUCAGAACGGUCGUAUCAUUCUCACAAUGAUGGCAUCUUAUCAUAGGUUCGAGGAUUCUCCGUUUCAUCAUCAGUACACCAUGCCUGAUGUACCCGAUCCUGAUACCAUGACAACAGAUAUUGAGGAACUCAAACAGUUUGUACAGAAUCCAGAUAUUCCUGAGAGGCUGCGGAAAUGGGCUCAGAAACAGCUUGCUCAAGAAAUCACAUUUGAAACCAAGAGAGUAGACAGAGAAAACUUCUUUAGCAUGUCAUUUGAUCAACCUACUGAACCCAAACUCUUGAUUUGGGUUAAAGUUAAAGGAAACAUUGGAGAAAAUACAGGUGAAGGUGGUAUGGAUCUUCAGCAUUGUUGCCUAGCCUACAUCUCAGACCUGUUUCUUGCUGGCAUGACAUAUCUUCCAAACCGAGAUAAACCCCUUGGUAUGAUGUGUUCAUUGGAUCAUUCUCUGUGGUUUCAUGCUCCUUGCCGGAUUGAUGAAUGGAUGCUAUAUGAAUGUGAAAGCCCUCAAUCGGGUCAUGGUCGUGGGAUGACUUUAGGUCGAUUCUGGAGACGUGAUGGUGUCCUUGCAGUGACGGUGGCCCAAGAAGCUCUUCUGAGACCAAAGCUAUGAUGAAUAUGAUCAUUCUUGCCUCCAAACUUCUCAAAGGGGAAAACUCACUGUUGCAAAAACCAAUCCAUAUAGCGAUUCAAUCACAGCCAAUCUGUAUCCACAACACUAUCAUUUUUUUGGAUAAACUUUGAAUCAAAGACAAUUCUGCUAGUGAUUGGGUAAAUGACGCUUGUGUCAUCAUUGUAUUACUGUAUUCAAUUAUUUCUUAUAUUUCCAUGUGACAUCUGUAUAGAAAAAUCUCACAUAUUGAUAUCACAUACAGUAAGAUAAGUGAUAUAUGUGCCCUGCAACAUACAUUGCUACAAUCCUAACUCUUCUAGGGAAUGGUGUCCCAAAGAUUUAUUAUUGUAACCAAUCAAAAGAUUAUAUCUUUAUGCAACAGGGUAAUAAUCAUUUUGACAAUCCGAAUAUGCAUUAUUAUUCAUUUGGGGGAUCUUGACCUAAAAGUAUAUUGUCAGAACCGUCAAUCAACUUAUGACAGAUGAUCUCGAUAUAAACAGAGGUAAAGGAUUAUUCUUCAUCUCUCUUGCUUUCUGAUUGAACUGGAUGUUUUGUGAAAUCUUGGAGUAAUUUGAGGCUAAAUAAGAAAUUUUAUUCCAAGUUUCACAAUUAUAUAAUUAUCAUAUUUGCAUUCUCAGGAAUAAAUCAUUAUUACAAGAUACAUUAGCCUCAAUUAGAUUAAGAGUUAGAUUUGAUUCAUGUUAUGUUAAUGAAGCUUUGAUAUCUUAUAAAAAUUGUCAUAUUGUAUUUAUAUGUAAGAAGGUAGAAUAGAACAUCCAUUAUGAAAGGUCAGUAUCAAAUUCAUCUUUAUUGAAAUGAAUUUUAAUGUUUGUGAUUUUGAAAAAUCAAUAGUUUCUGUUUUAUGUGUACGAUGUGUUUUUUAUAUCAUGACAGAAUGUCCAUUCAACUGAAAUAUCAUUUGAACUCAUGUAGUUUAAUCAUCUUGAAAUGCGACUGUUUUCUGGUUAGAUAUAUGCUAAUAAUUUGUAAUCAGAUGUCAUUACUCUGGAUGAUGCUUGGUAAUUUGAAGUUAAAAGGUUCAAUAUUCUGAAACUUUACAUAUACCAAGAUGUAUGUUAAUCCAAAAAUCAGAAAUGUGUUUGUUAUUAUCUGAACUUUUGUACGUGGCAUUAUUCCAAAGGUUUAUUAAUCUGAAUAGAAAAUAGGGUUUUUCAUUACAAAGUUUUCUUAUUAUGAAGGUUCAAUAGUCUGAAAAUGAAAUAAGGUUUGUUUGCACAAAAAUAAUGUACGUGAUUCUAAAGGGAUAUGUGUAAAUUAAUUACACGUAUUCUAUUUAAGUCUCUAAAUUUAAUAGAUGCAAUAUCAUACAUUACUCUAUUUUUGCCAUAUUAUAACCUGCUUAAAAUAUGAUCAUUAAAGGCAGUCAGUAACUUUUGCCAGGAUAGGAAUUAGAAAUCUCUAAUUCAGUUGGUAAUUCAGUCGUAAUUGAAAUCUUUUAAGUCGGACAGGACCGACCAAAGGUUUAACGGGUCAGAGAUCAGUUAUCUAUCAAGAUAAGGGUACCAUCAUAUCGGAUUAAGAAUUCCUCUGGUAGCUCUUAGAUACAUACAUGGUAUGCUGCAUUUUUCUGAUACUGCCAAAUUCCGAACAGUAUUACCAAUCAGUGCUUUCAUUUUUCAAGAACUCACUCUGUUGCUACACUUGAUGUUGAAAUAGGGGAGCACUUCUUAAAGUAUAUGAUCCCGAAAUUAUUACUUCAUGAAAGUAUGAAACACAUUCUAUAACCACAUCGCAUGUGCAUACAUCUAGUAAAUUAAACUGUAGAUAUGUUUUUUUACUUAUUGAUAUGAUGUGAGUGCAAGGCACCCUGAGAAAUGUCUGUGCCACACCCUUAGCACGAAUCUGUUCAGUGUCUUAAACGUUUUAUCUACAUGUAGAUAAAGAAAGAGUACACUGCAAAAAAUAUUGGGUAAAAUUUUAACCAGCACGAGGGUGAUUAUGUGUCCAACUAAAUUGGGGCAGUAUUUUACCUAAUGCAGGAAGCAUAUUGUCCAGUAAGGUUAAAAAAAUGAGCAGUGAAUUACUUAAGAAUGGGCAAAAUUUUCAUCACACUGGAUGAAUAAAAAUGCCCAAAAGAAAUGCCCAAUGUUGGAGCAUUUUUACCCAAUAUUUUUUAGAGUGUAGUAAGAACAUGGUUAAUGUUAUGAAUUCAGCUGCAACAUUGUGAAAUAAAAUCGUAUACCAAAAAAUCAGUGCAGCUUAUUAGUACAAUAAAGAAUUUGCUGCAUUGCUAGCUAGUGUUUUCCAGCAUUGUUUGAAGUUUGCAAAGUAAUUUGAUAGAAUUUAAAAGAAGAAAUUUCUCUGAUCUGGAAUGUAAUUAUAUAUUCUAUGCUCUGUAUGAAUGCUGUGUAGUAAAAUCAGAGGUUGUUUUAUAAAAAUUUCAGCCUGAGUACAUUGUCAGCUCUUACAAUAUCAGUAAAAAUCAUUGGUUUUGAUUGGAUGAGAGGCAAUGGCCCCUGACUGUUACUAUGGAAACAGAGAAUGAAGACUACUCAGUGCUGACAAGCCACAUGGAACGGUACUCUGUUUGUUUUUGUUCAUGGUUUACACAUAAUAAAAUGUUCAGUAUCUUGUGAUUCUACUUUAAUAUGAUGUUACAUACAAAUUAUAUUGAAUAAAUUAAAAUUGUUAUAUAAUGUAA